AGAACCAAAUUUUUUUCUUUUAAGAUGGCUUCAAAGCGCCAAGUAAUUUCCACAGUUCCUAACGUGGCUUCUUCUUCGGCGAUAUUAUCAGCGCAACAACCUAAAUCAACAUCUUCUCCUCUUGCACAGUCAUUACUCUGGCUCUUCCUUCUUUUUGUCACUAUCCUCCCGGCGAUCGAGGUAUUCGGUGCGGUUAAGAGACCAACUUGCCCGUUGCAAUAAAUUCCCCUGUUUUGUUUGACUGGAGUUUUUGGUUUGCUUGGGGUUUUUGUUUUUUUUUCCCCCUCCCCUGGAAUUCCCUCUUUGGAGUUGAUUUUCUUGGGAUUGCAAACUACCAUCCUGGUUUCCGUCCAACAUCCUUGCACUGUGGAAGGAAGGACCAAUCCCUCUGGGUUGAACGAAGACGCACAUGGUAAAUUAAUGCAGAGAAUUCAGAUCUGAACCCCAGAUCCAACUGGAUUUGAUUUCCGCCAAGCCCGUAAAAUUUGUAACCCAUACCACUCUAACCAGCCAUGACCUAGAUGUACUGUGAUAGGUUUUAAUGAGCUUUAACUAUCCAACCUCAUCAUUCCACUUCAGAUUACAAAAAAGAUUACCCAGAGUGCAAAACUACAAGAGAUAGACUUCCGGUUCAUUACACAGCUGCCAUGGACGGUUAGGAGACUUGUUCCCUCCCCCGUUCAGUUUCGCAUCGCUGGGGGGCCCUGAAAGGGGCCGAAAGUCACCCUGAAGAGGCAACCAGCAAGGAGGGGCUUUCACUGGAUCCCGGGAGAGCAGCAACUCUUCCAUCAGACCAGGCGAUUCCUCCAAACCAUGGAACGAAAGGACUGGCCAUAGAAAUAUGGCUCGUCCCUAGGCUGCAAACAGCCGAAGUCACACUACCAUCUGGCAACUUCAAAGCAGCAUGGACAGGACUGGGAAGAAAGGAAGGAAGUGAAAGGAAGAAAAGAAAAGAAAAUUAUUAGCUCCAAAUGUGAGGAAUAUGACAUUAUCUAAGAAAACUUCAAAUCAGGACACCUAGCAAUCUAAGGAUUUCUGUUGGAGAAAUCCCCUCCCUCUGGAAAUAUAUAUAGUUAUAUAUCUAUAUAUAAGAAUACCAUUAUUCUAGUGCCUCACUGUUGUUGGAAUUUGGAAGUUAGAAGACAUGUCCAUUGCACUCAAGCAAGUUUUUAAUAAGGACAAGACAUUCCGCCCCAAACGGAAAUUUGAACCUGGGACCCAGAGGUUUGAGCUUCACAAACGAGCACAAGCCUCACUCAACUCUGGAGUGGACCUGAAGGCAGCUGUGCAGCUGCCCACUGGAGAAGAUCUAAGCGAUUGGGUUGCUGUUCACGUAGUUGACUUUUUCAACAGGAUCAACCUGAUUUAUGGAACUAUCUGUGAGUUCUGCACAGAGAGAACCUGCCCGGUGAUGUCAGGUGGACCUAAGUAUGAAUACCGGUGGCAGGAUGACCUAAAGUACAAGAAACCUACAGCGUUACCAGCGCCCCAGUAUAUGAAUCUUUUGAUGGACUGGAUUGAGGUGCAGAUCAACAACGAGGACAUAUUUCCAACUAGUGUAGGUGUACCAUUCCCCAAAAACUUCCUCCAGAUCUGCAAAAAGAUCCUGUGCAGGCUAUUUAGGGUGUUUGUCCACGUUUACAUUCAUCACUUUGACCGCAUCAUUAUCAUGGGGGCUGAGGCCCACGUCAAUACCUGUUACAAGCACUUUUAUUAUUUUGUCACAGAGCUCAACCUCAUAGAUCGUAAAGAAUUAGAACCUUUGAAAGAGAUGACAACCCGGAUGUGUCAUUGAAGAACAGUG